GCCCAAGAGAAGCAACCAUUCUGGAUAUUUCACCCCUGGAGUAGAUCUACCGCGUCCAGCAUGCCCGCCAUGAGACACCGCCACCAUCACUCAAUCACGAUGGAGGACUCAUCUGGGUUGUCGGCGGAGUCAAAUCCCCCAACGCCAUCGCCCACCGACCGUGGCUUCCUGCCGACCGGGCCCCUCCACGGCCGCGCCAAUCCCUUCCACAUGGCCAUCGUGACGAUUGGAAGCCACCCUUUCCUGAGGGCCCUGGCCGGUUUGGUGCUCUUGGGGUUCGUGUCUGGUAUUCUGGGAUGGCCUAGACAGGUGGUCUUUUGGUUGAACCUUGGCGCAUUGAUUCCCCUAAUGGCCCUGAUCACCAUUGCCAUUGCUGAGUUGUCGCAUACCCUGGGCGCGUUUCUCCACGAGCUCCUGAAAGCGACCCUGGGGAACUCGGUGGAGUUGAUGGUGGGCAUUGUGUCAGCGCAAAUGGGACAGGGCCGCAUCUUUCACUCGGUAGUGGUUGGCAGCAUCCUGUGUUAUUCGCUUCUGGUGCUGGGUAGUUGUUUCUUGAUCUCCGGCUAUGACAAGGAACAUCUGACCUUCGACCGCACGUUGACAAGCAUCAUGUCAUCCUUGAUGAUCAUGGUAUGCAUCGCGUUGGUUCUCCCCGGGGUAAUGGUCACAUUUCCCUCGUUGGACACGAUCUCCAUCAAUGCGAUUGUGACGAGCCACGAGGUUCGACUUGUCUCGUACGGCAUUGCCAUCAUCCUGCUCACGCUCCUUGCCGUCUUUCUACUCUUCCAGCUCAAGACGCAUGCUGCAUUAUUCCAUGUUGUCGAACGCACAGGCCGCGCAGAGCUGGACGAUUCCAGUAUUGAGGGCCGCAUGCAUGAACUCCAUCCGGACCACCAUUUGGGUGUCUUCACUCCCAGAGGCGCAGGUCUUGCUCUACUUGCCGGGGUGGCCUGUCUGACCGUAUGUGUUAUACAUCUAGUGAAUAGCGUUAAUGUGUCGCUGGAGAGGGGGACAGGCACUAGUUUCCCCAUCCUGGUCUGGGUACCACUGAUGGGUAACGUGACCAAAUAUGCCACCAUUGUGGUGAUCUCGCGACAGGGCCAUGUAGAGGCCGCGGUCCGGACCAUUCUGAAUAGCGUUCUUCGCCUCACUCUGCUGGUCACCCCGGCCUUGGUUCUCAUGGGGUGGUCAUUGGGCCAAUCCGUCACUCUACAGAUGGAUAAUUUCGAGGCCACCAUGCUGUUUCUGGCAGCCAUGGUUAUGAGUCAUGUCAUUCAUGAAGGGAGAGCCAACUAUUUUGAUGGGCUAAUGCUGUGUGGAACAUACGUUAUCACGGGGGUGGCCUUCUAUGUCUGUCCCAGUAUCAGUACCACCAAGGACGUCGCGAUCGUGAACACAUGAUCAUUCAAAUUCAUGAUCAAGAUGGUAUAUGCAUAUAAUUAUAUCCUAGUAUAUCCCAAAAUGGUGCCCAAAACAUAGGAUGAUCGAAAGCGUUAUAACUACUCAUUCUCUGUAUGUAAACAAACAUGGUUCAUGGCUACGGCUUACC